AAUCCACUGAUCUCUAUACAACUUUACGUUGUUUUUUUACAUUGUAUGUAGUUGCUGAUAUAAUCCACAUGCGUAUGGAGAUUUGCUAAAGCUGUUGUCCCUUAACGACAGUGUCCGUUUUUUUUUGUCAAAGUCAUUACAACUUGUACUGGUUAUUAUGGCGUUUUCUAAAAAAUGGAAGUAGUGUUCAGCCUUGCGUCGAUAACUUUCACCAAGGUUUUACAGUUGUCUGGACUUGUCGAUAACAGUAAUGCCCUGAAGACCAAAAAGAUGGAGGACAAAGCGUUAGAGGUGUACGAUGUGAUUCGAUCGAUCCGGGACCCAGAGAAGCCCAACAGCCUGGAGGAGCUGGAGGUGGUGACGGAGAAAUGUGUGGAGGUCCAGGAGCUCGGAGAGGAUGAGUACCUCAUCAUUAUCAAGUUCUCUCCAACAGUCCCUCACUGCUCUCUGGCCACUCUGAUUGGCUUGUGCUUACAGGUGAAGCUGCAGAGGUGUCUGCCUUUUAAACAUAAGCUGGAAAUUUACGUUUCAGAAGGAACCCAUUCCACUGAAGAAGACAUUAACAAACAGAUCAAUGACAAGGAGCGAGUGGCGGCUGCCAUGGAAAACCCGAACCUGAGAGAGAUCGUGGAGCAGUGUGUGACCGAACCUGACGACUGACAGAGGAAGCAGCGCCCAGUAGAAGCAAACACUUCAGUGCCGCAGUGUGUGUGAUUGUGUGAGCAAGAGAGAGAGAGAGAGAGAGCGUUUCCACAGUGCCUGAGACUAUAUUGCAUCCCGAGCAUCUGUCUGAUGGCGGAGGCUUGUGUUGGCUCUGGGGGACUUUUCUCUAGCGAGGAGUUUGAAUACUGAGCAGUGGAUAGAAGCUGUAAUAAAGCAACAGAUGACUUUAACAUCAUUCUUUGCAGGACAGCCUCACAGUGACCAGCAGCAGAUCUUUGUUGUUGUCUGCUGAGAUCUGCUAAAGGCAGCAUCAGACACUGCAAGAGGAAGUGGGUCAGAGAAAACAGGAAGCACCUCCUGUCCUGCUCCCAUGUUGUCCUCUUCCCUCUAAUGUUCCUGAUUCAUGCAGACAGACUGUCAAAGCAGAGAUGGAUCUGUUGCUUUAGCUCCUUUCUGGUUAGAAAAAUGUAUUAAUACCCUGGAAUGCUUGGUUUUUGAAGUCUGUCCUUUGUAAAUGCACUCAGGUGGGUCAGUCAGAGUAGUAAUGUGAUUCUUUAGAGCUGAUUUUUUUUUUUAAAACAGAUGUGAUGUACAAAAAAAGUCAUAUUAAAAGCUCA